CACCAUCAAUCAGCUGGGAGUUGGAGAAUGCGCAGUGCUGGGCUGAAGCGCCUGUCGUGACACAGCGGCUGAGAUUCUAACAGAUUAUUAGAAGGGGAGGGUUUCCAGGCAGGAAACUGCAACCAAACAUCCCAUCAGUAUCUGACAGUCACCCAUUUAUCACAACUUGAAUCUCGUAGGAUUUUGAAGAUGGAUGGAAAAAGCACCAUUCACAAUGAGGAAAAACCAUACACAUGUUCUCUAUGUGGACGAGGCUUCUGCCGAUUAUCUGGCCUGUCAGAACAUGGAUGCAGUCACAAGGGGAAGAAAGCUUUGAAAUGUACAAACUCUCGCAAGGGAUUUAAUUCGCAAUUAAUGCUGGCAAACCGUCGGUGCAUUCAAACUGGUGAGCGGCCUUUCACCUGCUCCAAGUGUGGGAAGGGAUUCACUUGUUCAUCCACCCUGCUGAAUCACCGGCGUGUUCACACUGAUGACAGACCUUUUGCAUGUCUGGUGUGUGGGAAGUGCUAUAAAAGUUCACGGGAACUGAUUGCCCAUCAACGUGUUCACACUGGAGAGAGACCAUUCAGGUGCCCUCACUGUGGAACUGGGUUCAGAAGAUCAUCUGACCUCACUGUGCACCAGCGUGUUCACACAGGGGAAAAGCCAUUCGCCUGCUCCAGUUGUGGGAAGGGAUUUAGCACACCAUCCCACCUGCGAAGGCACCAGCGGGUUCAUAAUGGAGAAAGACCAUUCAUCUGCUCUGAAUGUGGGAAGGGAUUUAUUUGUCCAUCCACCCUGCUGAACCACCGCCGUGUUCAUACUGAUGAGAGACCCUUUAAAUGUCAAGACUGUGGAAAGUGCUAUAAAAGUUCUGGAGACUUAAUUGCCCACCAGCGUAUCCACACUGAUGAGAGACCGUUCCGGUGCUCUCGGUGUGGGAAUGGGUUCAGGAAAUCUUCUCAACUGACUGUACACCAGCGAACUCACACUGGGGAGAGACCAUUCACCUGCACCGUGUGUGGGAAGGCAUUCACUCGGUCAUUCCACCUACUGACACACAAACGGGUUCACACUGGGGAGAGGCCAUUCUCCUGUCUUGAGUGUGGAAAGGGAUUCACUCAGUCAUCCCACCUGCUGACACACCAGCGAGUUCACACUGGGGAGAAACCAUUCACUUGCCUUGAGUGUGGGAGAGGAUUCAGUCAGUCAGCCAGCCUGCUGAAACACCAGUACAUUCAUAAGUAACUACAACAAUUGGGUUUUGUUAUUGAUCGCAUGUUCAUUGAAGUCUGUUUUUGCCAAUUUUCAUAAAUAUCACCCCAGUUAUUGGUGUUAAUAUUCUGCAAAGCAAUCAGAUAAACCAGCUUUGUCUUUUAAGGCAAUGUCUUGAUGCUUUUUAAUAUCUUCAAUACAAGUUAAUUCCUUUGAGUUUGCCCUCUCCCUGUUUCCUCCAUCCUCACCUCAACAAGUACGAAGAGCUCAGGGAUGUUUUUGUCACUAAGAUCAAGAAAAUCUGAUCAACAGCUUCUGUUGCUUCCGUUUCUUUCACAAGGCACUGAGCCAAACUGCUUCUGAAAUUCCACACUUAUUCAAGCCUUGAACCCACAUCUUUCUUUGGUUUCUCUGUUAUAUUACUUCAUACCCUCUCAGAGCUCACCUUGUUCAUGAGACCCACCUUCUACUCCCGUGAUCGGCCAAUCUCUGAACUUCUCCACAGAUCAUAGAGCUGUACAGCAUGGAAACAGCCUUUGGUCCAGCUCGUCUAUGCAAACCAGAUGUCCUUAACUAAUCUAGGCCCAUUUGGCACAUAUCCCUCUAAACCCUUCCUAUUCAUGUACCCAUCCAGAUGCCUUUUAAAUGUUGUUGUACCAGCCUCCUUCACUUCGUCUGGCACUCAUUCCAUACACGCACCACCCUCUGUAUGAAAAAGUUGCCCUUUAGGUCCCUUUUAAAUCUUUCCCUUCUCGCCCUAAACCUAUGCUCCCUAGUUUUGGACACCCCUACCCUGGGGAAAAGGCUUUGGCAGUUCACCCUAUCCCUACCUCUCAUGACCUUAUAAACUUCUAUAAGGUCACCCCUCAGGCUCCAAUGCUCCAGGGAAAUAGCCCUAGCAUCUUCCCUAUAGCUCAAAACCUCCAAUAAUGGUAAUUUUUGGACAGAAGGAGAGAAUAAAGAAACUUUUGACUCUAGUGUAGUUGCAAACUACCCCACCUCUAAACUCGCUUGCCUCUCCACAUCCUUGUAAUUAGGCUCGUAAAGACAGGGGAACCCUCUAGGCAGUUAAAAACUAUUUAGAUUAAUUCUUGAAAUUUCAGCAUACAAGGCUAAAAGCCAAGUGAAAUGGGAUUAGAAUUGAUAGGUGCAGACACUAUAUCAUCAAACAUCUAUGUGCUGAAGGGCCUCUCUUUGUGGUGUAGACACUCCCUGACUUUGUCACUCUACGCCUUCAGAAUUUAGCAAAGAAGGACCAAGGGAUUGAUUAAGAAGGGGAAAAUAGAGUACGAAAGUAAGCUUGCAGGGAACAUAAAGACUAAUGCUGAGAGUUUCUAUAGGAAGAGGAGAGAAGGAGAUUGGUAAAGACAAAUGUAGGUACCCUACAGAUAAAUGGGGGAAUGUAUAAUAGGGGACCAAGAAAUGGCUGAAGAACUGAUUACGUACUUUGGUUCUGUCGUCACAAAAGAGGACGCAAAUCAUAUACCAGAAUUGUUGGAGGAUGCAAGAUUUAGUGAGAAUGAAGAGCUGGGAAUAUCAAUAUUCGUACAGAAAUGGUGCUGGGGAAAUUGUUGGGAUUGAAGGCUGAUAUCAGGCCCUGGGAAUUUAAUCUACAUCCCAGAGUAUUUAUGGAAG